AUGAACACCCAGCUGACUAAAAUUAAAGAACUGUUUCUAAUAUCUUCAAGUACAACGUGGAUUCAAGAAAUUCUAGACAUGAUUCAAAAUGAUGGUGAUGAGGCAAAAUGCAACCAAGCUGCCUCUACUGAAAGACACCCCUUCACUGAAUUAUUUCCCUAUAACUAAGAACCUGAUUUGGAGAUAGCUCUUGAUAUGCCUUCACCACGAGUGUUAAAAACUCUCCCUCCUUCACGCCUAAUGACACCAUCUUGCUGGAAACAAAACUGUGAGGUUAUCUAUCUGGCCAGAAGUGCCAAGGAUUGCCUGGUGUGUUACUAACAACACCUUCACAUGAUGACCUCCUAUUAUGAUCCUCAGAGCUUGGACGAAUUUUGUGAGAAAUUCAUGUCUAGAAAAGUGGCUCACGGCUCCUGGUGCGACCAUGUGAAAGGGUCGUAGGUAGCACAGAGCAAGCACUGGGUCCUCUACCUCUUCUACAAAGAUGCAGAAAAGAAUCCAAAACAUGAGAUCCACAAGCUUUUGGAAUUCUUGGAGAAAACCUUGUCGGAGGACAUUAUAAAUAAGAUCAUCCACCAUACCUCAUUUGAUGUAAUGAAAGAAAAGCCCACUCUCCCUUCCCACAUAUGUGACGACACUAUCUCAAAAUUCUUGAGGAAAGGCAUGCCUGGAGACUGGAAGAAUCAUUUGACCCUGGCCAUGAAUGAGAAAUUUGCUGAGCAUUAUAAGAAGAUGUCAGGGACCACGCUGACCUUCUGGAGAGAGAUCUGAGAAGAAAGAAAAUAGGAAACUAUGCCAAAUACACUGCCUUUUAAUAUAUUGGGUGGGGAAGUAUGGACCGAAUGUAAAGCUUAUUAGCAUUCAGUCUCUGUCCACCAGGGGCUUAGCUAGUCUGCUACAAUACUAAAACACAACU